AUGUGGCCAAGGGUCGGUGCGAAGCGAUCGGCCUGCCCUUUUGUGUUUUGUUUUGUAGUCGGCUGUUCCGAUCGUUUCCAGAGUGUCUAUCACUGUUCUAUGAAUGUUCCCUAUCACGCUGAAGCCGGGUGAGGGUCGUUCCAGGGGCUUUGGAUCGUGUUUUCGAUUGAAUUUGAUUAACUUUGUGGUUGGGUGGGUACAGGGUGGAAUUGGUGAAGAGAGUGGUAGGGUAGGACAGGAUAGGAUCAGGAAGGUUAUUUUGGAUUUUGGGCUUGGUGGCAGUAGGUAAAACGCUCAAUUUUGUUAAAAACGGCAAAGCGGUGGGCCUUUAAAAAAAUUUAAGUGAUUAAUACGGCAUUUUUAAAUAAAAAUUUAGCGAUUCCAAGAACUUUUGAACCGCUUUUAAAAAAAAAUUUUUAAAUAAAUUCUAAAACACAUUUCAAAGCCCAAAAAUUUCGAUUUGAAUAUUAGAUUUUUGGUUUUAUAGGCCAUAAAAUUCCAACACAUUAAAGCUUUAACCAGACCAAUUUGUACCUAAAAACGUUUUUUUUCAACUUUUUCAUUUCAAAAAAGCCGUAUUCUUGGGAUUCUUAAUACCAAAACUGUGUCUAAUCUAGACUUCUAAAGGGACCGGGCCCAAAUCUGCGGCCCAAUCCACGGGCGGGCUUUUGAUUUGGGCUCCGGUUCUUUAGCGGACAAACUUAUGCCGGCCUGGUUCCUUUCAAAUUUGCUUUGGCUCAGCCUAGCUUCUUUGUUGUUUUCAUAAAAGUAGUGGGUUUCUAUUAAGGGUAGCUUAAUCCAUUUUUGUUGAUAUAUCAAACCUCCAAAGCUAGUAAUAGUACCGUAUAUUACUCAUACUCACAAGUUAGUACAAUACAUUAGUACCGUUUGUUUGUAAUUGUCGCGAUUCAAGUGUUUUCAAAAUAUUCAAAUUUGUAUUUCUGUAGGACGAAAACAGGACGCUUAAUCGACGAAAGCUGGCAAUUAAGUCAGCUGUUUACUGACCUCAACAACACUAUUGUUAGUACUAUUUUCAACAUAGCUUCUACGUACUAUACAGUACCUAAUUUUUAUAAGCUUCGUGGUACCUUGAUCUAGUACUACAUACUGUUGGGUGUAAAGAAUUUAGUCUAUACUAAUUUGGGUACACUAUAGUACUGUUUAGUACUUAGAUUUCGGCAGGAUUUUAGGUUAUUUACUAGCAUUUAGUAUAUAACCUAGUGCAACAUAUUACCUAUUGAUCUAACACAGAGUACCUAAAACCCUAUUUUCUUCUCAACAUUGGACUAGCCCUACUCUUUUCAACCGUAGCCUAGUCCCACCAUCCAAGGCUUCAACUAGCCUCCACUUAACCCCAUUCAAAACGGUUGCGGCAACUUUUUUGGCCGCAAACUCGACAGCUGCGACGGCCGCGGUUCAGCUAGCCGCCGUGACCCAGCCCACAGCCGCCACGAUCACACUGAGCGCCGCCGGCCUGAAACGCGCCCACUCGCCGAACGAUCAUCUAGCCGGCGCCCCGAUCGUCGACCAGUCCACGCAGAUCGCGCUGGCUGCCGCCGCCGCGGCGGCCACCAACUCCGGCGUCACGAAUCCCGCCCUUCAGCCGCCGUUCCAGGCCUUUCAGCCCUUCCAAACGCAGCAACAGGUGGUGCAACAGUUGCUGCAGUCGCAGCAGAACAAUUUGGCCUACUACGAGUCGUUGAACGCGAAGCGAUUGAGGUUGGCCGCGCCCGUGGCCAGCUCUUUUGCUCCGACCAACUUGUUGAUGACGGCUAGCGCGCCGCUCCGCCCGCUGAUUCAGAAUAAUGUGUCUAUGACACCCUGCGAUCAACAGCAAAUGGUAAUAGUGGGGGAUUUGAAGGAGAGAUGGUGAUGUAAAGGAUAAAAAUUUGAAUUUAGUAUCAUAUGCUAUCACAUAAAGUUAUGUUAUAGUACAUACAGUAUCAUAAUAAUUUUUUUUAUUUUGGCAAAAAUCAUUUUAAAAACUUCAAAAUUUACUUUGUAAACCUAAAUUUAUACCUAAAACAAUGGCAAUAUGAUAAAAAUCCUUAUUUUAUACCUAAAAGGGUCAAGGUUAAUAUAAAAAACUCAUAGACCACAUAUAAACUUGUACCUACAACAAUAUAGUCAAAAGUAUACCAAUAAAAACAUAUGUAAGCCUAUACCUAUGAUAACAUAACAUUUUCAGUCGAAUCUACUAGUACUAGGAGGAGCAGCCACACCGACCGGUCAGAACUCAAAUGCUUUGGGUUCGACGUCGCGAGGAUCGGCUACACCUGGCUCCGCUUCAGCAUCACAACUGGACAUCUCCACCAGUACACAACAACAACCCAACUAUGUUCUGAGAGUCAUAGUGGACAAUAUGAUAUGUCCAGUCACCUUGGACAUUCUCUACUCCAUCUUCUCGAGAUAUGGCAAAGUCUUACGCAUAAUCACCUUCUCUAAGAAUCGUAAGUUAUCGUUAAGGAAUGGUAGAGUAAGGUAGACAUCGGAUUGGGAUAAGGUGGGAGUAGAGUACGGUGAGGUAGAGCGACGAUAUAAAAAAAUUUAAAAAUUGAAAAAAAAACAAUUUUCAUUAUGUUAACCAUGCCCUUUCAGACACCUUCCAAGCUUUAAUCCAGUUUUCCGAAGCGAAUGCGGCCCAAACCGCCAAGAGCGCGUUGGAUGGACAAAACAUCUUCAACAACUGUUGCAAUCUUCGCAUCGACUACAGUAAAUUGGCCACUCUGAAUGUGAAAUACAACAAUGACAAGAGCCGAGACUACACCAAUCCUCUAUUGCCUCCAGGCGAAUUGUCAUUGGAGCAACAGCUUAGUUUAGGUAGGUUUUUGGGUUACUAAAGAUAGAGCUGUGGUAGGCCUAGGGUAGCUGGUUUUUCAAAAAAUUUUGAAGUAAAAAAUGAAACAGCACGGGCUGAGCGUGAUAAUAUGCAUUAUUUAGGGCAGGGCAAAAAGAGGGGGUCGUAUUUUUUAUUUUUUUUGAAAAUGUUACCUAAAAAGUUAAAUUAUUUUUUAAAAUUCAAAUUCUUACCUAAGAAUUCAAAUCUCCCCAUUUCCAGCCCAAAACUCACUGGUAGUCCCAUCGCUUUUGCCAUUCGCCACCAACCCAGCCAAUCCCGUAGCCAGCAUCUACAAUCAGCAAAACGUGCUAGCCAGCGGGCUGGGUACCAACAUUGCAGCCCUAAUGGCCGCCUCAAAUGGUGCUAACGGUAUUGCAUCCCCUUCGCUGAAUGUCACCGCUCAGACCUUGCUACAACAACAACUUGGAUCGUUGUUGAACACCACGCCCGUCGUGUUGGUGUCCAACUUGGACCAUAAGGUGAGUUGCGACAUCUUCUCGUUAGUUCUUCUCUCUUCUUGUUUUUGUUGGCGUGGUAUAACAAAAAUUUGUUUUUAAAUCGUCAGAGCCUUUAGGGGUUUUGAAAUUAUUGUUUUUUUCAAUUCAAAUUUUGAGAAAAUUUUUAAAAAUGGUUUUUUGAUUCAAAAGCCUUUAGUAAAUGAUAUACAUCGAUGUAUAUAUGUAAUACUACGAAGUUAUACCACGCUAAACUGUAAUUGUAUUAAAAACUUCUGGAACGAAGCUUUAUUACUGUAAUUUUCUCUCUCUUCCAAUCCUUAAUUUUAUUCGACGUUGCGGAGCUUCAAAGCCAUACCUUUUCUUAAAAAAUUAAAUUUUUGAACAUGAAGCCUCAUUACCUCUUCUCAGUAAUUUUUGAGUAAUAUGGGGCAAAACUGGGUUAAAACAAGAGCAGGGUCUGGGUAAGGAUAGCGGAUACAUUUUAUGGGUACAAUAGGUGAGGAUAGGCCUAAAGUAGGACUAGGGUAAGGCUAUGAUAGGUCCAGAUCGGCUUACCCAUUGUCACGUUAGAGGGGUGGUCAAUAACUUCUGCGGGCAGUAUAGAUCUAUGACAGUUCAAGGGAAGGUAGGCCUAAAGUAGAGAUAUGAUAGGAAAUGUAGGGUCAUGAUGGGCUUAAGGUACGGCUAUGUUAGGCCUAAGCUAGUGCUAUAGUAGGUCUACGGUAACACCGUGAUAGACAAGUCUAUAGCUCCACCUUAGGCCCAACAUAGUAAUGCCCAUGGUCUAUCACGUAUUCAUAUAAGGCCUAGGGUAGGGCUAUGGUAUGAUAAGGGCAGGAUACGUACAUAAGUGUAGGUGUAAGAUCUACAGUACACCAAGGGAAUGGCAGUGAUACGAUUCGGGUAGAGCAAUAGUACACCUACGGUAGUAAAAUGAUUGUUAAAAAUGAAAUCUUAGGUCAUUUAAUUAAUUCUGUGCUCCUUUCAAAGCAAAAUUUCAAAUUUUUGGGGCACACAAUUAUUCGAACAACCUAACACAAGCUCCGCAACGCCAUUUUACAUUUACAAGAUCGUGUUUUUUCACACCUAUCGCUCUUUCGUUGUUUUCAGAAGGUAACUCCAGAUGCGCUCUUCACACUUUUCGGUAUGUGGCUUUGAAACUUCUCGAUUAUUGCCCGGGAGUACUGUAACCCAUUAUUUCACUGUAAUUGUAAACCGUGGUCAGGUCCUAUCCUGAGUUCAAUUUUUAGUUUUUUUUACUUUUUGUGUGACCAAAAUUACUGUGGUUUUUCGAUUUUACCGUUCUGUAGCUGGGGUUUGCUUAUACGUACUGGUGGGGUCAGUGUGACAUGGUCAUACUUGUGGUAUGUUAGUAUGUAUACUGAUGUAUAUGAAGACAAUAUCGCGAUAUAUGUGGUAUAACAUACACGAUAUAUGUCACAAAGACAUACCCAUAACUCCACCAUAUAUAUACAACGAACCCAGCUACAAAACUUACUGUAUCAUUUAUAAUAUACGAUUGUACUCUUGGUAUUGUUGUCCUGUUAUAGGCGUGUACGGUGAUGUGCAACGGGUGAAGAUACUCUUCAACAAGAAGGAUAAUGCUCUUGUACAAUAUGCGGAAUGUCAACAAGCUCAGCUGGGUGAGUAAUUGUCUUAGCCACAGGUUUUAUAUUAUCCAUAGGGAUCAGAGGAUAUUAUCCUUAAUCGAAAUACUAAAAGUUUAGCUAAAAAACAAAAAUUUACGUAAAACAAUUCAUUGGACUAGGCCUACAAUGUCAUCCUACAUCAAUCAUUACCCAAUGAGCCAAUGAAUUUAACAAAAAGCCAACUUUUAAAUAUUACACAUGACCGUGUAAUAUAACCCUUAAAAAUCAUGAAUCAAACCAAAUUUUUAGAAAUAAGUAAUAUAUAUAGCUUAUAAAUUUAACUUUUAACCACAUUAGAAAUUCAAUUUAAAGCUUUGCUGCGUCGCAUAAAUAAUAUUGACUGUUUUAGCGAUUCAACACCUGGACAAGGCGAAAUGGCACGACAAGAUCAUCAGGGUCGCUUCAUCCAAGCACACCAAUGUCCAGAUGCCCAAAGAAGGUAAAACAGAGUUUUUAAUACAUUUUUAACACAAAAGUUUACCAGUCGAUGUGGAUUCACAGGUUUUAUGAGCAAAAAAUGUACCCUAUGCAAAAUUUUAGGUAUCUAAAGUCAAACAACUCAUAAAUCAUAUAAAAUUUUUUAAAACAACGCAAGUUUUUUCUCAAAACUUCACUAGUCCUAUAUCAGUCCAAAAAAUGCAUUAUAAUCCAUCAAAAUAACUUACCAACUUUUCUAUAACACAAAGUAUAUUAUCCAUACCACCAAAAACAAUCAUUAACAUUCUAGGCCAACCAGAUGUCGGAUUGACCCGUGAUUACACAAAUUCGCCGUUGCAUCGAUUCAAGAAGCCAGGAAGCAAGAACUACAUGAACAUUUACCCGCCCAGCUCGACAUUACAUCUGUCCAACAUUCCACCAAAUAUUACACUUGAGUUCUUGAAGGGCGCUUUCGAAGAGAAUGGAUUCGUCGUCAAAGAUUUCCAAUUCUUCCAGUAAGUUAUUGAAUUUAAAUUGUUUAGGCUAACUGUUAUUUACAAAAGAAAUAUUAUUUUGACUACAUUUUUCAAGAAUUUCAACGAAAUGCCAAGGAAUAAUCGGAAAUUUUAGAACGUAAUGUCUAAAAUAGAUUUUUAAUGUUCCACAACAAUUUUAUAGCCGUUUUUUUAUAUAAACCAGUUUUAAAACCUAUUUUUAAUUUCAGACGUGACCACAAAAUGGCACUAGUUCAAUUAGACGACGUUGAAUCGGCGAUCCAAGCCUUGGUGGUGAUGCACAACUUCAAGUUGGCCGACAACGCUCACCUGAGGGUAUCCUUCUCGAAAAAGGGUCUUCGCGUAUAG